CAAUUUCGCCCUCGCCGUCUUCCACCCCGGGCCCCGGGCGACUUUUGCGGUAAACGUCGACGUGGUGAACGUUUACCGAGCUGCCAUUUUGGGCCUGGAUCAAGCUAGACGGCUAGCAGUUGCUGGACAGCUGACGCUUGGCAUGCUAACCCUGCAGCUAGUUGAUAGAUCACAGACAGACUUUAUUUUUAUUUUUUAUUGACUUCAUCGUCUUCGUGUGUGCUUGGACUUGCAACCCGGGACCAUCCGCAGGAACCGUGGGGAUACCACAACCAAGGAACUAACAUGCUGAAACCACCCUGCCCGGUCAUCUGAGGGACUCAAACCUGCUGCUUGAAGGACAAAUGUUUGAAAAAAAAGUUCACAGUGAAAAAUUCCUGAUUUUUCAGCCGGCAUCUGCCCGGGUGGGAUGGCUCUGUGUCAAGAGGCAGUAGUGGAGGACUAUACAGCAUUCAGCGCUGGAAUCAUGACGCAGAUAAAAGGGUAGGGUCACCUGUGAGCUCGCCUCCCCCUACCCAACCACCCGCCCCCCCCGCCCCCAAGUAGAGUCCUUCACCGAAGCCGCCCUGCCCACCUCUGCCACGGCAUUAGGAGACAAACAUGAUGUCUGUUGCAAAGACUUUGGUGGAUGUCUGAUAGAAGUACCUGUGAGGUGUCGUGUGCAAAUCCAGUGGAGCCAUGAAUGGCGGAAAGGACUGUGACGCGGCAGAUGAGAGACCAACUGUCCCUGUCCAAGUCCCCAUUGGCUGGCAGCGCAAGUGGGAGCAUGGCGGUGGCGUCAUUUAUAUCAGUCCCAGUGGCUCAGUGCUGUCCAGCUUGGAACAGGUGAAGACCUACCUUCUGACGGAUGGAACCUGCAAAUGUGGUCUGGAGUGUCCACUCAUCCUACAAAAGGUGUUCAACUUUGACCGGGGGGCAGUGGUCAAACAGAGGACAACAGAGGACGUAAAAGCAGAUGAGGAUGUCACCAAACUCUGCAUUCACAAGAGGAAACUUCUGGCUGUGGCUACGUUGCACAAGAGCAUGGAGAGUCACCCGCCUCUCACACUCACAAGUCCCGGUGGAGUUACGUCAUCUGUGGUCACGUCUCAUCCCACAACUCAUCGAGCAAUAAGGACUAAACCCCACGAUGGCCUGGUCAAUGUUGCCGGUCCAGACUGCAAGAAUGCGUACAAGAUGAUGAUGGCAGCUGGUCCCCAACAUCAGCUGUAUCCACCCAAGGACAUAGGUGGAGGCCAGCAGUCGGAGCUCUGCUCUGGGUACCCCAGGCCACAGAGGCUGCCCAGCUGUGAGCCAGGCCCAAAAUCCCCUUACAGAGCUGGUUAUGGAGUCAUGUUGAGCCCACCUGUAUCCAGCACUAAGCUAUGUGGGGAUGGCUCACAUUCGCCCUGUACAGAAACAUUGUCCAGCCCAGAGGGCUAUCCAAGAUCCAAUCCUUGUGGAUUUUCUGGAGCUGGCAGUCCCAGCUCAGCUUCCAUUUAUGGAAACUCCAGGACUCCUCUUUCUCCACCUAGCAUGAUGCUCCAUGGCUCCCCUGCGAGUCAAGCAUCCUGUGCCAUGACAGGAAGGACUAGCACACCACUCUCACCCACAGUCACUGCCAAAAGCCCUGUCAUGAACAUGAACAUGUCACGUGGUAACUUCCCCUCUGGUAUGGAUAUGCCUAAUGCUGCGUUCCUCCAUAAACUACAGCCUUCUGUCCAUCCUGUACCACCACCUCCGUCUGUGCCACCACCAUGUGUCCUGCAAAAAAGACAGUUAACAUCUGAAAAAGACCCGUUGGGUAUACUUGACCCCAUCCCUAGCAAGCCGGUCAGCCAACCCCCAACCAACACCCCAAAUUUCCAACCUAACAUCCACACUCAGGUAUCCAUGAUGAAUGUAAACAUACCCCCUCCUGCCAUUGUCCCCUUGCCAAGCAACUUACCUUUGCCCACAGUAAAGCCUGGGCCGGUAGGCCAUGGUGGCCACAUACAAAGGACUCAGCAGAGCGGUCCAACUUCCUCUAUGUCACCAUCCCCAGUCACAUCCCCUGUUCACAUGGCAGGGUCCACUCUUAGUCGGGUGGAAGCGUCCCCCCAUCGCUCACGCUCCUCUUCCACCUCUUCUGACCAUGGAAACUUUGCAAUGCCAUCAGGGCAUCAGGCUCCUAGUGGCAACAUGAAGGUUCCCCCUCGAUCCCCCAGAUCUGCAAUGGGUUCUCCCAGGCCAGCUAUGCCAUCCAGCCCCUCCACUAUCAAAAAUGACUCACUCUACCAAUACAGAGACCCCCAGCUGCUUUCUGGAAAGGGAAACUCAGUUGGUACCCAGCAGCAAAACUCUACAUACUCUCCUAACUCAUCUUCCUCUUCCUCUUUGCCCACCCCUAGCGCUUCCCAGAAGGGCCACCCAGGACUCCUCGGAAUGCCUCUAAACCAGAUUCUAAACCAACAGAACGCUGCCUCCUUCCCAGCCAGCAGUCUCUUGUCAGCAGCAGCCAAAGCACAGCUAGCAAAUCAAAACAAACACAGUACUGCUAGUGUGGCUGCUGCUGUUGGUAUGCUAGGUGGAGAAACAGGUGGUGGAGGUAACGCAGGGGGUGGCGUGCAUCCUGGCUCAAUCAGCGGCCCUUGUGGCAUGGAUGGACAUAGCACUUCAAAUCCCAUGCUCCCACCAAACUCCACCAUGCUAUUGAGCUGCCCUGAGGGUCAGAGUGGUCGAGCAGCACUAAGAGACAAGCUGAUGGCCCAGCAGAGGGACCCCAUACGCAAAAGAAAGCAGUCAUCGGGUAGUACAUCUGUUGGCCAUGAUAGCAGCAACAACAACAACAUGGUUUAUAACAUGCUGAACAAACCUAACAUGGCAGGAUCUCACUUGCCAGCUCCCAGUGCAGAGCAGAUGCGAAAGGUUGUCCGUCUAGGAAACCUUCCGCCAAACACCUCCAUGGCCCAGCUCCUCCAGUCCAUGAGCAGCCAGAGUUCCCACAACAUGGCUGGUAACAACCACCCUCCUGGCCUCAGCUCAGGACCUUCUCCUUUAGGAGCUACGCAGCUCCAUUACAGUGAGUCCACAUCCAAGGUCCCCUGCAGCCCUCAGCAGAACUUUAUUGGCCAGCAGAGGCUUCGAGUCCCAGCAGAAGUCAUGCAGCACUGUCAUAACGUGGAUGCCCCUGGAGGUCACCUAGGCUCUCGGCUAGGCCAUUUCCCUGACAUGAUGGCCCAGAUUCAGGCUACAGGCUGUGCGCCUGUGGUUACAGGCAGUGGACUUGUUGGUCCCAAUGGCAUGCCACAUGGACGCCCCAACACUAAUCCCCCACCACUAUCUCAUACUGGGCCUCACCCCUCGCAGCAUAAUCUCCAUCAUGUUGGAGGGCGUACUAACAUGGUGCUGAUGCCGAGUGGAGAUGGAAACUAUACAAAGAACAUUUCUGACACAGGAAACCCUUCCAUUGGCCUCAGUGUCGGCAGCAUGCAGUCUCACAUCAAUACUGGUGGACGACAGAUGUACCAGAAGCAGCUUCACCAGGUCAUGCAGCAGGGUGGGGCCUCCCAUGGGACCUCCCACCCAUCCUACCAGGGUCAGCAGCACUUUUCUGAAGCCCCACCUUAUGCAGACAACAGCCACGCUAAUGUUGACUCAAUGGUCUGCCACUACCAGAAUUACCAGCAGGGGAUGGUGCCGCAUCCUCAGUUUAGCGAGGGGCAACCACGCCAGGGCGAAGGAUUACGAACAGGAACACUCGGGUCUGACAGAGGACCCGGCAGAGGUCCGGAGUCUGUGGAUGCCAUCUAUAAAGCUGUAGUGGAUGCCGCCAGUAAAGGGAUGCACGUCACCAUCACCACCACAGUAAGUGGGACCACACAGUCGAGCCCCGUGCCUGCCCUCAGCGCCAUGAGUGCCUUCACUGCCUCCAUUGGGGAGCCUGUCAAUCUCCCCCAGGUGGUCAGUGCAGUUCUGCAUGGGGAAGGGGACAUUUUACCUCAACAAGCCAGAACAAGGCAGGUGCGGCCAGUUGGAGGCCAGAAGAAUAUGGAUCUCGGGAAGAGAACGCCAGAUGGCCCAGAUGCCAAGGACUACUUCCGGUCCCUUGGCUGUGGAACUCCCAGAGUGCAGUGGGAGGGGGAAAUUCAUCAUGGUGGCAGCUUCGACACACACAGCAACAACAGCGUCUGGGGUAGUGAGGAGUUCUUGGAGUGCUCCACCCAGGUGAGGAGUAGUCCCUGCAUGGAGCGACCCACAAGCUUACCGCCCGGCCCACCCUGCCCUAUUGAUGGCUCCAUUGACCACAAUGUGGCCUUGGGUCACGGCAAGACCUUUCUCGACGAUAAUUACCGCUUUAACAACUGCAACCGGACACACAGCAACUACAAGGAGCGUCUUGAGCAGACAGUGGAGCGUUGUGUUCACAUUAAUGGCACAACCUCGCUCUUCAACACCCGGGGUUAUGGAGAAGUUUUUGGACCGCCUCGACAGGAACUUACAGGUGAUGACCAGUCUCCCAGCUCGUCCACAAGCUUGGAAGGACCUCUAGCCAGCGCCAAAGACUACAGCCACUACAACGGCCAGUUCAACGGGAUGGCGCCCAGCCCCUCGGACACCAAGAGCCUGAGUAGCGAGGAAGACUUGCGGCAGCCAGACUCACCUUCCUCAGAGCUGCUUCACUACCGGUCCAGAACCUUCAAUAUGGGAGAACUGGUGUGGGGCCAGUUGAAAGGCUUCCCACCCUGGCCAGCCAAGCUGGCAGGGGAUGAACAGAUGCACAACGCUGCCAUGCAACUGCGGGAGCAGGCCAAGAUGGAGCCGGAGAAGCUAAAAACUUUAACACAUGAUUUGGAGGCACUCGACCGAGCAGCCAAAAGAGGCCUAAAGCCGGGGAAACUGAAUAAUCACUUGGAAGCUGCUAUCCACGAGGCCAUGAGUGAGCUGGAUAAGAUGUCGACUGUGAGUCCAAUGGCUGACCUCCUGUGUUGCCUCUCACCCGCCCACAUUCAUGUUCCUCUCUGCCACCAGAUCCCGCCAAGAGAUAGGCCAAUGAAGGCGCCUAAGCCCAAGAGGAGGAAGAUCUCCAGAUAACAAUGAUUGUGUCGUGGUCCUCAAAACCUCCGGAGGUGCCUCGCUGACGUCUGAGCUGUCCCAGGGUGCUACACAUGGACGCCGCGUGUUCCCUCGCCCCUCCAUGACAUCAUCGACUUGACUCACUGACUUAAGGUGCUGGAACUUCCAAUCACCGGUGCAGUUUUAACUGUAGAAAGUGAACAAAUUGAGAGAACCAUCGUGAAAAGGUUGCAGUUUAUCUACAGCUCACUGAACUAUUUUUUUUUAGUAUAAGAUAGUAAAAACACAAAAAAAACCUGAGCAUUACCUUACAUAUUUAAGAAAAAUAGACAGUCCAAAUAUUUCUGAUACAUUUUCAUUAUGUAAAUAGGUAAUCCUGAAAUGUAAAAUUAUGAAGAAAUGUAUGUAAAUAUUGUAAAUGUAAUGUACAAGCGUACUUAAUGCACAUUUUAUCUUUUGUUGUACAAAAACAAAGCAGAAGUGUACCAAUGUCUUGGUUUCUAUUCAGACGUGCGAUUGCAUAGGACCGCACGUGAGCGACAAAUACUGAAAACGGCUUUUAUAUGACAAAACAGUAAGACGGUUGCUUUGAGUUUGUUUUUGUACACGUGCAGCGGAAAAACGUUCUCAGUUACUUCUUACCAGAAAGUGUUCAUUGGAAGAAAAAAAAAAGACAGAAUGAACUUUACCAGCAGAGAGUGUUCAUGUUGGUAAAUCUUCAUCGCAGAGCAUAUAAUUGCCAUCGUCAUUGUGAUGACAUUGAUUUGUUUUGCAUUUUGGGUUUGUUUUUUUGUUUGGUUUGGUUGAAUUCCACAAAUUGUUAGAAG